AUGAAUAAAAUAAAAACACAAAUGUCGUCUCGACCAAUUACUAGAAGUUAUUCAUGGAAUGGGGAGACUGUUUCACUAAAAAAUUAUGAACAAAAAGUUAAUUCACCAUUAAGAAGAACUAAAUCAUGGAAUAAGGAAAAUAUAGAUGUACUUGCAGCAAAUCGUUAUGCUGUUCUAGUUUAUAACGUUGGUGGACAAACAAUAUAUGAAUGUAAUGAUUUCGUAUUUCAAUCCUAUAAUGAUGCUAAAUCUUAUUCUAAUUUAUUACUGAAGAAUUCACUUCUCAAUAGUUUUAAAAAACCAAAAAAUUGUUUAUAUAGAAAAAGGUCUCGUUUUGAAGUAAUACCUUAUGAGGUAAAUGGUGAAAAAAUUUAUGAAUGUGGUAUUUAUGGCUUUUUCAACUAUAAAGAUGCUAAAGAUUAUCAGAAUCGGGUUUACUCAAUGAAAAUUAAAAACCCUAAUGAAAAGCCUCAAAAUUGUGUUUUAAAAACCAGUUAUAAAAAUGAUGUUACUUGGUAUAAUGUUGGUGGUGAAAAAAUUUAUGAAUGUGGUGAUUAUGGUUUUCAUAAUUAUGCAGAUGCUAAAAAUUAUUGCAGGGCGCUAAAACUCAACAAUGGAAUUGAUUCCAUUUGGAGACCUAAAGGUUACGCUUGUGAAAGUAGACGUAAACUAAAAGAAUUUGAUAUAACUGAUUAUCUAGGACAAAACGCUGUUGGUAUUAAUGUUUGGAAAGGAGUAUGGCAUAAUUAUGAUUAUGAAUACUUGUCUGCUCAUGACUUUCUUAAUCUAGCAAAAAAGAUUUUGCAAGAAAUAAAUAGGUACAGAAAAUUACAUAGAUCACAACCAAUAAAGUUUAAUAAAAAGUUAACUGUUAUUGCUAAUAGAGAUGCAAUGAAGAUAGCUUUAAAAAAAACUUUAACUAAACCUUUUGAUUCUAAUUUAUAUGGAAUGACAUUUGGUUUAUCAUAUUACCGUGCUGCAUCUACCAUAGUUAUGAAAUGGUAUGAAGAAAGUAGUUAUUACAGUUAUAAUCAAAAUACUGGAAUUCGAGGAACCCAAAUGUUUACUCAAAUGAUUUGGAACAAAUCAAUUAGACUUGGAAUUGGAAUUGCAAGGAUGGAGAAUUUAAUUAUUGUUGUAUGCAGAUUUUGGCCAAAAGGAAAUAUAGCUGGUGAGUAUAGACAAAAUGUUCUUCCUUUAAUAAUUAUUUGA